GCUGACUGGUACUGUAGGCAGCCAUGUCUCAGGACCCGAUUCCUUAUGCCUGGCUCGCGAUCCCUGCGCUGUGUAUCCUGCUCUACUCACUCAGUCGCAGCAGCCAAGGAAACCGCCAUCUCCCUCCAGGCCCCAAGCGCCUCCCGCUCGUGGGCAACGUCUUUGACUUGCCAUCGCAAUAUCCGUGGCAAUUUUUUGCUUCGUGGGCGCAGAAAUACGGUGACCUGAUGUAUACCGAGACCUUUGGUCACCGUACGAUCAUCAUCAACUCGCAGAAGAUCGCGCGAGACCUGCUGGAGAAGCGGGGCGCGAAGUACUCAAGUCGACCGCGAAUGGCACUUCUGGUCGAGCUGUCGGAAGGCCACCGCAAGCAACGUCGGUGGAUAUGGAGCGCUUUUGGCGAGAAGAAGGCGGUGCAGAACUAUAGAGAUCUGAGAGAGCGGGAGACGUACACCCUCUUGUUGGGCCUAAUGGAGAGGCCCGACGACUUUGCUUUGCACAUCAAGCGACACGUCGCGGCACUAGUCCUCGAAUCCGUGUAUGGACAUCGGAUCACCUCGCUGGAAGAUGAAUAUGUGACUCUGAUGGACAACGCUAUGGACGCGACCACCGCAACUGGAGUAGCAGGCGGGACGGCGGUAGACAUAUUCCCGAUUUUGCAACACGUCCCCGCCUGGAUACCCGGAGUGGCCUUCAAACGAGUAGGGCUACAUGCGAGGCAGCUCGUAUGGAAAGGCCACCACGUACCCUAUAGGAUGGUCCGAGAAGCAAUGGUAUCUGGCGACGCGCGACCUUCAUUCGCGUCCGCCCUCACAGAGAAGGCGCAGAAGGCGGGCCGGCUAGCUCAAGAAGAGAACGACAUCCGCUAUGCAGCAGGGAACAUAUACGGCGCGAUGGUGCUUCACCCAAAGGUAUACCGCAGAGCGCAGGAGGAAGUGGAUCGUGUCGUCGGGAAUAAUAGACUUCCGACUUCGGAAGAUAGGCCGCGUCUACCUUACAUUGAAGCCGUCCUGAAGGAGACUUAUCGGUCGAUCUGUCGUGACGAGCGCAUCUGGGGCGAUCCGGCUGCUUUCCGUCCGGAGCGUUUCCUUGAACCGAAGUCUGAAGUGCUAGAUCCAUUCAACGUUGUCUUCGGCUACGGACGCAGGAUCUGUCCCGGACGCCUAUUUGCGGAUACAAUGCUGUUCCUGGCCAUAGCAAACAUGGCGGCUACGCUGGACAUCCGGAAGGCCCGCGAUGCAGAAGGGAAGGAGAUUACUCCGGAAGCGUCUUUUACUCCCAACUUCAUCAGCCAUGCUGAAGAAUUUAAAUGUUUCAUCGCACCGCGCUCUUCAGCAGCGAAGGCACGCGUCGCGGAGACGUUGGCGAGGGUCCCUGCAUGAUGACUCUUUUGUGGCUGCAGAUUUGGACGGAGGUUGACCCAAGAGACACCUGACGGGAUGCGUCAGAUACAAGCUAUGUACUAGCCUACUACUUGUGUAAUACAUGAACACGCGAAUAUGCUCACUCUGUUUUUGUCGCUCCCUACUUAGCAUGUAUGAACCUUAGAGUCGUAAUUGCGAUCGUGCGACUCUAGUAAGAGUAAGGUACUGUAGGUUGGAUGUCGGUGACAACUCAGGGGGGCCUCUCGGAAAGGUGAAGGCUACAUAGUAUUAUGCGCUGCUAGGGCGCGUCUGCGUAGGGAGUAGUGACCAAAUGGAAUUUCCUCGAUAUUCCCUCUACUCGCGCGUCAAGGUCGCGUAGGUACUUAGUUGCUGGGUGACGAAAUG